AUGCGUCUCUUGGUUUUGAUUGCAGUUAUUUACAACUCUUUAGAAAUUUCCACAAUAGAUGCCGUACCAGUUUAUGUCCUACAGAAGGGUGGUGGAGCUGUUUUAGAAAAUGUACCUCUAAAUUCAAUGGACAGUUCCAGCGAAAGACUGGCGAAGUAUAAAGAAUCGAGAAAAAGAUUAAGACCAGAAGAUGUAGGAGUAGCUGAUAAAGAUCCCACUGCUGCCGUCAACAUCAAAGGAGCGUUCCCUUUAACUUGUGGUGAUGUUGAAAUCCAUGAUAACAGACCAGAAAAACAUAGCCACAGACGACGAAGACGUCAAGCUGUUGGGAACCAUCUGGUAGAGUUCCUGCUUUUUCUGGACCACGAGAUUUUCAAAUUUUGGCUAGGACGAAAUGGUGGUAACUCAACAGCAACUAAAGCCGAGAUCUCCGAUUACUAUGCUAAUAUCAUCAAUAACAUUAACCGACGCUAUCUGACAGCUAUAAGGCCGGGGUUUACCAUACAGCUCGUCCUCGCUGGACUCUUCAUUGCUGAGACUCCCGGUACUUCGCCAUGGACAGAGAACAUAGCAUCGAAUGGUAGAGCGGACGCCGAUCAGGCCCUGACAUCAUUUAGAGACUAUGUUGCUGGUAAUAGAGGGACCCUUCCAGCUCAUGAUCACGCUCAGCUCGUCUCGGGAUAUGACCUUACUCGUGGAGGAAGCACAGCCAACGCAGGUUUGGCGUUCACUCCGAGUAUUUGUACCAGAAACGCUGUAUCCGUAGUAGAAGAGACCAGAAGUCAAGCUCUUGCCACUGUAAUGGCUCAUGAACUAGCUCAUAGUCUCGGAUCAUUCCACGAUGGAGAUCGGAACACCUGUUCUUCAGCCGAUAGCUUCAUUAUGGAUUCUGGACUGGGAAUACCAUCCAGGGAGAACAGAAACCAUCCCUGGAUCUUUUCAACCUGUUCUGUGGAUAUGAUUAGAAGCAAUCUUGUCAGAUUGUUCCCGAUUUGUACCUUACAGCUGCAGGGAACACCAAUCCCUAUUGACUCCUUCCUCACCGAGGAACUUGGUCAGAAGUACCCUGGUGACGUCCAGUGUGAAAUAUUCCUGGGUACUGGUUCCAAGGUCUGCAGGGACCAAUAUACAAAUGGAGCACAACUAACGUAUGACGAUGUUUGCUAUGAACUGAGUUGCCUUGAUAGAAGAAGCGGGCGAUGUUUCUCUACUUAUGCUCAUGAUGGUACGUCCUGUGGAAAUCAAAAGUGGUGCAUUUCCGGAUUGUGUAUCGCAACAGACCUGGCUCCUGUUACGGCAGAAAAUUGUCCAUUCGGGGAUGAUCCUGACCAAACAUGCACCCAACUAUCCUGUUUGAAUCCACAGUUACGAGAUGUUGGGUGCUGUUUUACGUGCAGUAGCUUGAGAGCGAAUACCACUGGACCAACCAUUUUACCUGGUGGACGAACGCUGCAACCAGUUACAGUUUCCAAGUUCCAAGUCACCAUUCAGGAAUUUAACACCAUCAGAUCGAGUGGUGGAACUGCGGCGACCGCAACUGCGACUAGACCUUCCAGACCGACUAGAUCAACCAGACCACGACCGACGCAAUCAAAUUUUCAACCUUUCUCUCGGAGACCUACACAGUCCAACUUUCAGCCAUUCAGUCGGAGACCGUCGCAGUCAAAUUUCCAAGCUAUUACAAUCCCAAAGUAA